GCGCCAGCUCUUUUAGCUGCAUAAUUGUCCCAUGGAGGUAGCCGAGAGCAGAGAACAGGCCUCCGUUGGUCCCACAACGGGGGCAGAGUCCACAUUCCCCAAUGGCGAGCGGAACCCUUUUCUUGAUGACCCGCUCAUGGACGAUGAUGGGCGCUCAAGUAGUUUGAGUGAGAUCGACGACGUCUCGGACAACGAGCCGUCCGACUUCGAAGAUCCCAUCAAAUCCGACAAGCCAAUGGAGAAUGAUUCGGAGGCCGAAACCGAGCGCAUCGAGGAUUCUCCACACAACAUCCGGAAACAUGACAUCGUGUUGAGUGCCGCUAGUGCCGGGCCAAGUCCUAGCAAGCUUCAUCAAUCUACAACACUCGAUGAUGUCGACGAUGAAGCACUUGUGGCGGACGAUUCUCCUAGCAAACCACGACGGUCUUCAAAGAACAACGGCUUGACCGAGAAUAUCCCAGACCUGGGCGACCUAGGUGAUUCCGACCUCCCAGAUAGUCCCAACAAGAAACGAAAACACGAAACUGUCGCCGAGUUGGGCGACGAAGAGCCAAUGAAGAAACGCCGAAGCUCAAUUAAGAGUGAUUUGAGUGACCCGAUCGACGAUGAUACCCCCCUGUCGCCCGAGCCGCUUGGCAACCCCAUGGAUAUCAAUGACGAUGGCAUACUGGUUGAUGAAGUACCUGAAUCGGACCUACCAGCCCCGCCUUCCAAGGGCAAAAAGGGCAAAAAGGGUAAGCGGAAAGGCAGAAGGACCCAAGACGCCGAUGAGGAGGCGGAAGCUGGGGUCGAGGCCACAAUAGAGUAUGUUGCUGAUGAGAUUCUUGGAGAAGACGAGGAGCCUACGGAACGAGGAGAUGAGCCCGAUGGCGCGGAGGCGGUUCUUCGAGCCGAAGAGUCUGUGAAAAAGAUGUCUGCUAUGGAUUCACUAGCGACACUGGAGAAAGAAUUUGCAACGUUACGUGACAAGAUUUAUGACGAACGGAUAUCCAAACUCAACCGCGAGUUAGAGAUGCUUACCGGUCCGAACCCGACACACCCCGAGUACUUGCGGCAGAUCGAGUGUGUGCAACGUUACCGGGACGCCAAGAUAAAAUACGAACAGAACUUGUAUCGAUACCGCAUGAAGUCCCUCAUGCACAAGGGUCUGGCCGAGCGAACACAGGCCCAUAGCACAUACUACCAGCGGAUUCGGGAUGCACGCGAGCGGCAUUCAAGUGCAGUCAGCAAGCAGUUCUAUGCCAUUCAGCAUGAUCGCUUCAAGACAGACGAGCUUAGCCCGCACCACAUCAUCCCAUUUCCCACCCGUCGCUCGCAGCAAAUCGCACAUCAGACCGCAUACAACCAGGAGGUUUCAAUUAUGGCUGGUGUCGCCAAGUAUGUUGGCUUCCCGGCUGCCCCGUCCUUGAUGGGUGCACGGCCCGCCGAACUGGAUGACGAUCUUGAAAAGAUGGGGAUUCCUAUCGAAUCUCGCGCUUCGGCACCAAGGCACUCCUCAACAAUACCCCCACGGACAACCAUGUCUACCAUGUCUUCUAAUGCCUUCCGUUCGGCUGCUGAAGAAGCAUUCUUAGAACAAACACCCUGGGCAAACCCACAACAUCCUAUCCAUCAGCAGCAGCAGCAGCACCCGCAGCCACCUCGACAGCAAGGCCGUACAUUUGAGCAUCCGCAACCCUCAUCAUAUGCAACGCCAGCCGCUCAAAAGCGGAUGGUAGACAUCAACGCACCCAAUGGAUCUGCAUCCACCAUUCCUGAGAAUGCCUCUGCUGCCAACUCAUCAGCCAACAACACCCCUUACGGCAUGGAGCACGAUCCAAGGCAUCAAGCGCAAGGGCCCUUCCGCAACCCAGAUUAUGAUCCCGAUCAUCGCAAAUCUGGGCUCCGGUCACUAAGUUCAUCUCCCUUGGAUGUGCGGAAAUCACAACCGCAUCUCACCCAUGCCCUCGAACACCGUUCUCCUGUUACCGAUGCCCCAUCCCACAAUCACAUCUUCUCUCCGCCUUCUACCCGCCAAGGCUUGUUUCAACCUUCAGCCGCUCUCCAACGGGAGACCUCGCCAUCCCUCCCGUCUAAACCUGUUGAUGUGGUACAUUACCGCCCCCAUCAGUCAGGAAUUUCCACAGGGUCUGGUUCAAAUCACAUGCCUAAUCGAUGA